GCACGGUGAAAAGAGUUAUAAUUCAAUUAAAGGAUUUAUUUGUGAACAUCAGCCAUUUAUCGUAUGUAUAUUCUAAUAUUUCAUAAACAAUAACACAAGUUCAUGGCCAUUAAAAUUUUAAAAAAAAUUUGAAAAACGCUUGAAAGGUUUCCGCUAGCUUUUGUUGCAAGGAAUUUGCAGCAGUUACUGUUUAAUACCGGUAAAAAACAAAACAGAUGCGCGCCAUAUGUGGCUUUUCGAAAUGUAAAUGAGUUUUCCGAUUCUAAUAUUAAUCUCUAGAACAAUAUGUAAUUGUUUAUUGAUCAUUCUUCAAUUUUUGGUCAUUAUUGAAUUGGUCAUUAUGAUUUUCAACUUCGUAAUAAAGAAAAAUUGAGUUGAAUAGAGAAACAAUUUAAUGCUACAUGCAUGUUUGCGGAAACGAACCAUUAAGGCCUAGCAAGAUUCCUGAUAUUUCCCAUGCAAACACAAGGUGAAAUUGGCAUUUCUAUUAAGGCUUGCCCUUGUUUACACGUCCAUAGGAGAAAUACCUUUGAUAAAAAACAUAUGAUGAGCCUAAUUUUACCUUUCCAAACAUUUUUAAUGUUUAUUUUGUUCUUGUUUUUUCAGCAAUUUGUCUCCUCUUGCGCAUUCCGACGUUAUAGUAUUAGAAUAUAUUGCAAAUGGACAACAAAUAUCGAAACUAAAGGGAAAUGAAAAAGUAUCUUUAAAAUUUUCCAAGAAGCUAAAAAACAUCAAAAAGGAACAA